CCCAGUCACACGCUUGGCUCGUCCCGGGCUUGCUCACCAACAAAGCAAGCGUCUCUCCCUCCCUAGCACGAGCGAGCGCGUGUGCGGUGUGCUCCUUUCCCCGACACGGGCUCACCCGGCUUCCAGAAUCUAAACCCCACCCCGACCCCGACCCCGACCCCGACGCGCCGCCCGCUGCCCAACCAAACCCCUCCGCUGCCGGCGAUGCUGACGCGUCGCCGCUGCCCGGGCUCUCUGCUGCUCCUCUGCGCCCUCCUCCUCGCGGCGGCCGUUGCAUCCUCCUCCGCCGCGGUCGCGGCCGCCGGCAAGGGCGGCGACGAGGGCCGCGCGGGGAAGGAGGAAGCGGAGGCCGUGGCAGCGGGGGAGGGCGGAGACGGGGUGGCCGUGGCGGAGGCCGGCGGGGAGGUGGUGGCGCAGGGCAAUGCGACGGCCAAGGACAAGGAGGGCAGCCUCGCCGACAUGAUCGACCGCGCGCUGGAAAAGGAGUUCCCCGAGUCCGAGGGCGAGCAGGGCGGCGGAGAGACGGACCCCGGCAGCUUCAACAACACGGUCGCUGAGAAGCAGGGAGUUCUUGAAACUGUGGCCAGAAGAGUAACAAAGAAGAAUGAGACCAAAGACAAUAAGUCAUUUCCAUUUAAAGAGGUUUUCUUGGAUCGAUCCGAGCAAGAGGAUGUUCCCACGCUGAUUGAUCGGAAGGAUAAUGUUUUUAUCAUAUCAAAUCCAAAGUCAAAAUACCCUGUGCUGCAGCUGGACCUUAGGUUGAUAUCAGAUCUUGUUGUUGUUAUUGUCUCUGCUACAUGUGGUGGAAUUGCCUUUGCUUGCCUUGGGCAACCAGUGAUUACAGGCUAUCUACUUGCAGGAUCUAUAAUUGGCCCUGGAGGUUUUAGCUUUGUCAAUGAAAUGGUGCAAGUUGAAACAGUAGCCCAGUUUGGUGUGAUAUUUCUCCUGUUUGCUUUGGGACUGGAGUUUUCUACAGCAAAACUUCGAGUUGUUCGCGCGGUUGCUGUUCUCGGAGGAUUGCUCCAAAUUAUGUUAUUUAUGUUCCUUUGUGGUAUUCUGGCUACACUUUGUGGAGGCAAAACAAAGGAAGGUGUUUUUGUUGGCGUUCUUCUUUCGAUGUCUUCAACGGCUGUGGUUUUGAAAUUUCUAAUGGAAAGAAACAGUAUCAAUGCUCUUCAUGGUCAAGUUACAGUUGGCACCCUCAUACUGCAGGAUUGUGCUGUUGGCCUUCUGUUUGCGCUUCUUCCAAUUUUGAGUGGCACAUCAGGUCUUCUUCAUGGAGUUGCAUCAAUGACAAAGUCGCUGGUGGUACUGAUAACAUUCCUGGCCAUUCUCUCUAUCCUCUCCCGUACCGGUGUUCCUUGGUUUCUUAAGCUGAUGAUAAGUCUUUCAUCCCAGACAAAUGAACUAUACCAGCUGGCAGCGGUUGCAUUCUGCUUGUUAUUUGCUUGGUGUAGUGAUAAGUUGGGCCUGAGUCUUGAGUUGGGUUCAUUUGCAGCUGGAGUUAUGAUAUCAACGACAGAUCUUGCACAGCAUACGCUUGAACAAAUUGAACCUAUUCGCAACUUUUUUGCCGCUCUUUUCCUUGCUAGCAUUGGGAUGCUAAUUAAUGUUCAUUUCCUGUGGAACCAUGUGGAUAUACUCCUUGCAGCUGUAAUCUUGGUGAUAACUGUAAAGACAUUUAUUGUUGCUAUAGUUGUCAAAGGGUUUGGCUAUAGCAACAAAACAUCUCUUCUUGUUGGCAUGUCUCUUGCACAAAUAGGAGAGUUUGCUUUUGUUCUCCUUAGCCGUGCUUCAAGCAUCCAUCUGAUUGAGGGCAAGCUAUACCUGCUUCUUCUUGGAACUACUGCGCUUAGCUUGGUGACAACACCUCUGCUAUUCAAAAUGAUCCCAGCAGUGGUCCACCUUGGGGUUCUUUUGAGAUGGUUUUCUGUUGAUAGCAAUCAAGUGGAGUUGGUCCUGAAAAAUGAUGUCCUCCGCAUAGAUAGCGGCAAGCGCAUAAAUUUGAUAGUCCAAGGCUCACAUGACUCAUGACACAAACUCUGUAAAGUGUUUUCACAUGUACUGAAGAGUUUGUAGCACAUAUACAAGGUAGGGUGGAGGCAAAAAAAACUCAGAUCUCGCUCCAGGGGUGCGAGAUCAAUCCUUCCCCAUCAUAGCAACUGCAAGAGCAACAGAAUUUGCCAAGUUUGGGAGAGCAGCAUGUCUUGGCUUAUUUGCGCGGUGAGUGGCUAUCGACCCCAAACGAGGGUUCUGUAACAUAAGAACGUAUGCUGAUUAAUUGAUUGGAUUAACAUGAUAGGAUUUAGGCCUGAUCAUUAUGUCAUUGUAUUCAUUCAGCAAAAGUGUGUACCAUCACAAAACGGAAGUGUGUACUACGAUAUCCAUCUCAUAACGAAUUUUGUUGUAUA